AUGGACAGUGUUGUACAAGCUCGCCCAGCAUCGCUCGAUGCUACAUCCGAUCCACCAACUCUUUUCGAUGGAACCACGAGACUGUACACAAGCUACAUUUGCCCAUUUGCUCAGCGAGUUUGGAUCACCAGAAACAUCAAGGGUUUGCAAGAAAAGAUUAAACUUGUUCCUUUGGAUCUUGGGAAUAGGCCUGCUUGGUACAAGGAGAAAGUAUACCCAGAGAACAAGGUGCCAGCGCUUGAGCACAAUGGAAAAAUCAUUGGGGAGAGUCUGGAUUUGAUUAAAUAUCUUGAUAAUACUUUCGAGGGGCCUUCACUUUACCCCGAGGAUCAUGCAAAAAGAGAGUUUGGCGAAGAGUUGUUGAAUUACACUGAUACAUUCGUUAAAACUAUGUUUGUGGCACUCAAAGGAGACCCCUCUAAAGAAACCGCACCUGUGUUAGAUUAUCUGGAAAACGCUCUGCAUAAGUUUGAUGACGGGCCAUUCUUCAUUGGCCUGUUGAGCUUGGUUGAUAUCGCCUAUAUCACGUUCAUUGACAUGUUUCAAGUCAUACUCAAUGAAAUUUAUAAGUGCGACAUUACUGCAGAACGUCCCAAAUUAUCAGCUUGGGUCGAGGAAAUGAACAAGAUUGAUGCCUUUGCAGAAACCAAGAUCGAUCCCAAGGAGAUUGUUGAGAUUUUCAAGAAAAAGUACAUGGUGUUGAUUUUAUCGGAUCCAAGCAUGGUAGAAGCUAUUAUGCCUUUAGGAUAUGGCUAUCUAGGUGUGAACGUUUGUUGCUUUGGGUCAAUUUCGGUCCUGGGAAUGAUAGUAGCAUCCGGUCCGGACGCAAACCGAGCUUUGGUCAAUGGCAAGGAAGCACUUAGAGGUAUAAAGAACCGGACCAAACCACCUGGUAUGGAUAUGAAGUACGAAUAA